AUGAUUUUCGUAUUGUACCUUUUUUGUGUUUUGGACUUUUGUUUGUGUAAUCCGGAUGCCAAGAGACUGUACGAUGACCUUUUAAGUAAUUAUAACAGGCUGAUACGACCUGUCAGUAAUAAUACGGACACUGUUUUGGUUAAAUUAGGACUGAGGUUGUCUCAGCUUAUUGAAUUGAAUCUUAAAGAUCAAAUUCUUACAACAAACGUCUGGUUAGAGCACGAAUGGCAGGAUCACAAAUUUAUGUGGGAUCCACAAGAAUAUGGAGGUGUAACUGAAUUGUAUGUACCAUCCGAACAUAUUUGGUUGCCGGAUAUAGUGCUUUAUAAUAAUGCUGAUGGGGAAUACGUGGUUACUACGAUGACUAAAGCGGUCCUGAGGCAUACUGGUAAAGUACUUUGGACACCCCCAGCCAUCUUUAAGUCUUCCUGCGAAAUAGAUGUGAGAUAUUUUCCAUUCGAUCAACAGACUUGCUUCAUGAAAUUUGGAUCAUGGACCUAUGACGGAAAUCAAAUUGAUCUAAAACAUAUUAACCAAAAAGUCGGUGAAGAUAAAGUUGAAGUUGGUAUCGACUUAAGGGAGUAUUAUCCUAGCGUAGAAUGGGAUAUUCUUGGAGUUCCAGCGGAGAGACACGAAAGAUAUUAUCCAUGCUGUGCUGAACCGUAUCCUGAUAUAUUCUUCAACAUAACUUUAAGAAGAAAAACUCUAUUCUACACAGUCAACCUUAUAGUACCUUGCGUAGGAAUAUCUUAUCUCUCAGUGCUGGUGUUUUACUUACCUGCAGACUCAGGCGAAAAAAUUGCUUUAUGUAUUAACAUCCUCCUCUCCCAAACCAUGUUUUUCCUUCUUAUUUCUGAAAUUAUUCCCUCAACAUCCCUCGCCCUCCCACUUUUAGGUAAAUACAUUCUCUUCACCAUGGUAAUGGUAGCCUUUUUCGGUAGUUAUCACUAUUAUAUUAUCCUAAAUGUACACUAUCGGAAACCCAGUACACAUAGAAUGGCGCCUUGGGUACGAAGUUUUUUCAUCAAGAGCGUACCGAAGUUACUAUUGAUGAGAGUACCGAAAGAUCUUUUGACAGAACUGGCGGCAAACAAGAUUCCAUUGAACCGAAUGUCACUAAAAAAGAGGGAGCUCGAUAUAAUGCCUUCGAGUAGAUCAUCGUCGUCGAGCACUUCUAGUUCUUCGAUGAAUAGAGUUAGUGGAUGUAAUGGACUUCAUUCCAGUACUACUACAGCUAGCGAACGCCUUGGUUACAAUGGUCUGCCUUCCGUUUUUUCAGGUUUAGAUGAAAGCGAUUCUGGGACUCGUAAAAAAUAUCCAUUUGAACUGGAAAAAGCAAUUCAUAAUGUAAUGUUUAUCCAACAUCAUAUCCAGAGGCAGGAUCAGUUCAACGCAGAAGACCAAGACUGGGGCUUCGUAGCCAUGGUCCUCGACAGACUGUUUCUUUGGAUAUUCAUAAUAGCUUCUAUAGCUGGUACCAUUUCUAUAUUAUGCGAAGCUCCUGCGCUGUACGACGACACGAAGCCCAUCGAUAUGGAGCUCUCCUCUGUAGCGCAGCAGCAGUUCCUACCCGAUUUCGAAAAUAUGCAAUAA